AGAUAUGGACGUAUAAAGACCAACCUGCUAAUGGACUGUAACCCAGUUAAAGUCAAGCCUUGAAGACCGCUGUCAUGUUGAUGUGUGAACACAAGCGACAAUAAUGGCUCACGGGACAGGCAGUGGAAGUACAGCUGGGCCCGAUUUGCUCCUGUAUUCCAUCCAGGUCUCUGGUUUCUCCUGCAAACACAUCUGAUUUUUACAAGGUACGUGCAUGAAGCUGCUGUGGAAAUCUCUGGACAAGAUGAGGUGUCUCAGGAACGCUCCACUAUCCCCCUUUCUCGGCUUCCCUCGUCACUUUCCUGCUGUCCUUAACCUCUACAUUGAAGAUGGCUAUGUACUUGAAGAGGACAAACGGCAGCUGAGAGAAACUUCAGUCCACCAGCCGAGCUCAGAGCGAUACGUUCACACUUUCAGAGACCUCAGUAAUUUCUCUGGAACUAUUAAUGUUACAUAUCGUUAUCUUGCUGGAACCCCACUCAACCGCAAGAAGUAUCUCACCAUUGGGCUGUCAUCAGUCAAAAGAAAAAGAGGGAACUACCUUUUGGAAACGAUCAAAUCCAUCUUUGAUCAGUCCAGUUAUGAGGAACUGAAAGAGAUUGUGGUGGUGGUCCACCUUGCAGACUUUGACCUGAUCUGGUGUGAAAACCUGGUGCAGGAAAUUACCAGGAAGUUUGCUCAUCAUAUCAUAGCAGGAAGGCUCCUGGUGAUCCAGGCUCCAGAGGAAUACUACCCAUCUCUGGAUGGACUCAAAAGGAACUACAAUGACCCAGAGGACCGCGUCCGUUUCCGUUCUAAGCAGAAUGUGGAUUAUGCAUUCCUUUUGAACUUCUGCACAAACCUGUCUCAUUUCUAUAUGAUGUUAGAAGAUGAUGUACGCUGCUCCAGGAACUUCCUUACAGCGUUGAAGAAGGUCAUCACCUCCAGAGAAGGUUCAUACUGGGUGAUGCUGGAGUUCUCUAAGUUGGGCUACAUCGGGAAGCUCUACCACUCCAGAGACCUACCUCGGCUGGCUCAUUUCCUCCUCAUGUUCUACCAGGAAAUGCCCUGUGACUGGCUUCUCAUUCACUUCAGGGGCCUCCUGGCCCAGAAGGACGUGAUCCGCUUCAAGCCAUCUUUGUUCCAACACAUGGGCUACUACUCCUCCUACAAAGGAGCAGAGAACAAGCUGAAGGAUGACGACUUUGAAGAAGACUCCAUCGACAUUCCAGACAACCCUCCAGCCAGCCUUUACACCAACAUCAAUGUAUUUGAGAACUACGAUGCCACAAAGGCUUACAGUACUGUGGAUGAAUAUUUUUGGGGAAAGCCUCCAUCCACUGGAGACUUCUUUAUCAUAGUCUUUAACAAACCCAUUAAAAUGAGUAAAAUCAAGAUCACCACUGGUUCUGACGACCGGCAGAAUGACAUUCUUCAUCAUGGAGCUCUGGAAGUGGGAGAAAAGCUUGUUGGAACUAAAAAAGGAAAGCAGUGUUCCUCCUACAUUACAUUGGGGGAGUUUAAAAAUGGCAACAUUGAGGCUCAAGAUGUUGACCACAAAAUCGCCUUUGACAUUGAGUGUGUGCGCAUUGUGGUGACAGCAGGGCAGAAAGAAUGGCUCAUUAUAAGAAGUAUAAGUUUAUGGACUACACAACCACCCAGCCAAUGAGGACUACAUACAAAGACUCUUAGUAAGUCAUGGUUGAAGGUUUUUUAUUAUUUGCUAAUAUAUGUAAUUCCAGGUUUAUUUAUUGGUUUUGUAUGUAUUUAUUGAUAACCAUUUUUGAUUGCCAAAUCAAUCUAUAGUUUUGUAUACCUUCACGUUCUAACCUUAGUGAGGAAUCAUGGGGAUCUCAUUUAGACUGUUCAAUUGACCUCAGAGUGUUAUUUAUUGAAGUGACUUUUAUUACAUGUCAGUAGGUUUAUAUUAAUUUUAGAUCAUAUCCUUAAAGCAGGGGUUUGAAACUCAGAUCACUGCCAGACUGUUUUUUUUUUU